GGGAGGAGGAGGAGGGGCGUGUCAGGGUGCAGGGAGGGGGUGCCAACCACCAGUGCCCUGAACCAGUGUCAUCAGUGUAGGCGAACGUAGGGGUGCGUCGCAACUCCACUGACAUUCCUGUGUUGAAACAAAUAUUUUCAGUUGAGGAUCUACUUCGUUAUGCUGUUGUUGUUGCUGCAAUAAGACUUAACCACCGCCAGAACAAGUUCUCUCCUCUCCUCUAAUACGCCUGUCCAGCACUUCAGUUUGAGAUGAGCACUCGGCGGCAGCUCUCAUGGCGGGCGCGGCAGGGGAGUCAGCGCUUGAGGGAGGGCAGCCGCCGCGCCGCUGUCAAUUGCUGGGGGGACUUCGUCAACCCACAACUUGUGCCGCUUAAGAUUACCUUCUUUAUCAUCAUGGGCGCAACCCAAUGCGUGGCACCCUUUACCACCUUGUUGCUGAGGGCGCUGGGACUGACGGUGCAAGAAACGGGGUUCAUCUUUACUAUUGGGCCCCUCAUUCCAGUAUUAGCUCCACUCCUAGCCGGCAUCAUCGCAGACAAGGUCGGCAACUUCAGAUGUAUCCUAGUGUUUACCGUGGCCCUGAGUGGCCUCGUGACCCUGUUCUACCUGGCCAUCCCUCCAGCCCGCACCACGCCCAAGUACUCUGCCACUGUCUCCUUCAGCCUCACCUGCGACUCAGAUUUCGUCCUCACACUUAACUCCGCGAGGAAAGAUAAGGAGAAAUGUGACUUCUUCAACAAAACUGUCAUAUUGCCCUCGGUGGAAGCCAAAGACUGCGGCUACGUGUGCGCUGAGUCAGCCGUCGAGUAUCCCGCAAAACUACUAAAAGAAAUCAAGCGAAUUAAGCUGUUACAGUCGGUCAACAGAACGCUGUAUCACAUGUGCAAAAUACAAAAUACCAAAGAGAACGAGAAAAUGCCGCAGAAAUGCUUCAGGAAAAACCUAAAUAAGUCUCGAAGCUACGAGAACAUGCCGAAGUCUUUUCAAAUCCACAACCUCCUUCUGCCACUGUCGGAGAUGAACCGAGAAAACCCAAAGAUUUUUGUUGCCAACUAUACCAUGGCUCCUGAACUGGCCAGGAGCUUGGAGUGCACCAAGGGGCGCGUUCCUAAGGUGAUUUCUAUCCCAAAGAUCACCAUAUCAGAAGAUGGUCCAGAAUUUUCAGAGAAGAACGCGCACGUCGUGUGCAACUUCCAUUGCCAAGUGUCCGUCAUGCACAACCAGACGUGCGAAAAACGUCCACACAGCGAAGUACAUGACGUGACGUUGAGCUUCUGGCUCUUCGUUACGGUGAAUGUUCUCAGUAAACUUUUCAUAGGACUGACGUACACGCUCUUUGAGGUGGCGGUAGUGGCCAUCCUGAAGGAGUUUGGCUACGACUACGGCCUGCAGAGGAUCUACGGCUCUAUCGGCGGCAUGGUCUUCGCUCCUCUCUCAGGGUUCUUUAUUGACCAUUUUGGGAAAGGCGGCCAUUACACGGAUUAUUACGUGAUGUUCAUCCUGUACUGCGCCUUGAAGUUGUUAUGUGCCCUUCUACUGGUGAAGGUGGAUCUGCGCUUCAAGGUGCCCGCCAGGAGCAUCUGUGAGAACAUGGGCAACCUCUUUAGGAACCUGGAAGUGCUGCUUCUACUUUCCGUAGUCUUCAUAUCCGGCAUGUGUUAUGGGUUUAUCGAGAACUUCCUGCCGUGGCACCUACGUGACUUAGGGGCCAGCAACUGGUUCAUCGGCCUCCUCACCACUAUUGCCUCCAUCGCCGCCCUUCCCUUCCUCGCUUGCUCUGGAAUCAUCUGCAAGAAGUUCGGCAAUUUCCAGUCCAUCGCAUUUGGUCUUCUUUGCUAUUCCAUCCGCUGCAUCGGUUACUCCCUCAUCGUUGACUACUACUGGUGUGCACCCUUUGAACUGCUGGAGGGGGUCACUACCGGCCUCCUUGUGACCGCUGCCAUCAUCUACGGUGCUCAGCUAUCCUCCAAGACUAACUUGGCCACACUCCAGGGUGUUCUGGCUACCCUGCAUUACGGCCUCGGGAAGAGUAUUGGCAGUUUACUCGGCGGAUACCUCAUGGCUACUCUGAAGGCUCCAUUUGCUUUCCAAGUUUUUAGCGGGAUCGCUCUUAUAUCUGCAUUCGUGUAUUAUAUAAUCGGCAAAUUAGUCAUCCUACCACGGCAUGCUAAAGAUUUAAGACGGCGGCAAGAAAUCAUGGCUAUGCCUAUUGAAACAAUAUCUCGCAGAGAGCACAAGAGGAGAAGCAAACUCUUUAAAGAGCCAGGCGGUGAUUCCGACAGAGUGAAGGAGAAGCCAAAGAAACAACGGUCACCCUCUCCAAUACCAGUCACAGAAAACGUUCAAGUUCACAUGGGAGAAAACGGGGCUCUUGACGAAACUCAAAUGACAGACUUGCCUGCUGACGAUACUAUGAUUUCCUUGGACGAAUCAUUUGUAGAAGAUGAAUCAAAAAAGAAGGAGGACAAGUAACAAAUUUCAUAUUCAUCAUACCAUUUCUAGCGCCAAUGACAAUUCACCAUCUGUUUUUCCUACACUGUACUUUCCAUAGUCCCAGUUGCAUGUUAAUAGGUGUAUACUGUAUAUACACCGUAGGUCCGUACACACAGCAUCAUUAUGUUUCACUGUAUUGGUCAUGGGAAAAGAGCAAAGCAGACUCAAAUCUUCCCAUUUCGAUGAUUUUUAAUUGUACUAUUUAGUGAGUACGUUAUAUGAGUGGCCCGUCGGUG